UGAAGAAAUAAAAAACUUCAUUUUACACAAGAAGUAUCCACUAUAUUUAGCUGGCAACCAUGGAGAAAAAAAAAUUUCCGUGUCAAAGCCGCUAGAUAUAAAAUGCUCAAUGGUAAAUUAUUUCACCAUUCCCACAAUGGUGAAGUAAUUAUCGACUCUAUAAAAAGAAAGGAGCUUAUAAAAACAGUCCACGGUGGUUGUGAUACCAAUAUUGAAGCUACAUCACUUGCUGCCCAUUUUGGUAUCACCAAGACUCACAAAAAAUUGGCUGAUAGAUGAUGGAGUUAAGACACCAGAAAAAGCAUCGAAAAUGCUAGAGCCUGAUGACAUUCGACCUUUUGGUGCCCCGCCUUCCAACUUGAAGAUUGUAGAUGGCGAAGUAGACAAGCUCAAUAGGAACGAUGAUGAAAUUAUAUUAGAGACAGUGGUUUCUAAAAAAGAUGUCAAAAAUCUUUUUAUUCCUACAAAUAGGAAUUGGAAAAUAUACCACUCACUUCGCUAUAAUUGGGAUAUCAAGAAAAGAUAUCCCAAAUUUAAAAAUGGCAUCAUGAGUGAAAAUUUUUCCACUGAAAGGAUAAUUGGCGAUGGUAAUUGUCUUUUCAGAUGUAUAAGCAAAGAAAUUUGCGAGGAUGAAUGCCAAGAUCACUUCCUGAGAUCGGAAUGUGUGCGCUUUAUGAAAAGUAAAGACAUGGCAGAGCAGAUGGGGGGGUUUCUGGGAGAACCUGUUGACGCGUACCUGGAGAGGACGGGCAUGGCUCAAAAUGCCGUUUAUGGUACAGAGGUGGAGAUAGUUGCAAUGGCAACUAUGCUCCAGACAAAUAUUUUAAUACAUACUAUUUAUAAAUGGGCAUACUAUAUGCCCAUUAAAAAAUUAAGUAAUAUUAAAAAAUUUAAUGUAAAUAUUUAUUUAAUAAAUCAUAGCGAACAUUUUGAUCGAUUUUAA